AUUAUGCAUUUAACGUUGAUUCUAUGUUUAUUUCAAGUUCUUCUUUUUACAGUAGCCAAACCAACCAAGCUAUUCCAUUCAGAAUAUGUUCCUAAUGACCAAACUACCCCUAACUCCACCAACUAUAUUUCUACCUUUAUUUUCCAUGCUGCAAAUAUAACCUCCACCAACUUCUUCAACCACAACCUCUACCUUGUGCAUUAAAACCCCCACCCCUCUCAGUUCCACAGACUCUAUCUUACAUUUCUGUUUUCUCUCUCAUCACUCUGCAAUGUCUCCAAACUUGUUAUUUUCUCGUAUUGGAUUUGGGUUAUGAUAAUUAUGAAUGUUCUGUUUUUGUGUUAAGUAAAAUGGUUUCCCUAACUUUAGACAUUGAAAGUAGCGUCCUUUUUUUCAGGUUUCUUUCUUAGAGCACUGCCUAUAAGUUGGAACGUGAGUGAUUAACUGUACAUCCCCAAUUUUUUUUUUUUUUUUUUUUUUUCUGAGUACUUUUACAAUGGAUAUAUGGAAUAGUUGGUGGGUUCUGCAAAUUAUGCAGUUGCUAGGUUUUUUUAGUUUUUGGGUUUCAUUUGCAAAGUUUAGGACUUUAUUUUCAAGAGCUUUUGGUUAUGGUCACAAAGUUGUGAAGGGUGAUUGCAGUGCCUGGAUCUUUGUUUCGUCUAAUGGGUUGGUCACAGUUGGUUCUUUCCUAUUCUUCCUCUUGGUCAUUUCCUGGGUUUAUUUAUUUGCAUUUCCCACUCCUCCCACAGUGAUUAAGAGUUAUGAGACUUCCAACGGUUCUGUCUCACCUGUUCAGAGUCAUGAUAUUCCCAACAGUUCUCAGUUAUCUGUCCAGGGUCAUGAUAUUCCCAACAGCUCUCACCCUUUUGCUCAGAGUUAUGAUGAGAUUUUAAAAUCCAAUGUUUCAAUGGACACAUGCAAUGUGUUUGAAGGAAGUUGGGUAAGGGAUGAUAGCUACCCUUUGUAUGAUGCUUCUCAAUGCCCCUUUGCAGAAAGGGGUUUUAAUUGCCUUGCCAAUGGGAGAAAAGAUAGAGGUUACACAAAGUGGAGGUGGAAGCCUAAGAACUGUGAGAUUCCAAAGUUUGAUGCCCGUCGAAUACUAGAACAACUUCGUGGGAAAAGGGUGGUUUUUGUUGGUGAUUCGUUGAGUAGGACGCAAUGGGAGUCCAUGAUAUGUUUGCUAAUGACAGGAGUUGAGAAUAAGAAGAGCGUCUACGAAAUCAAAGGCAACAAGAUCACAAAACAGAUAAGGUUUUUAGGUGUAAGGUUUAGUACUUUUGAUGUUAGAGUUGAUUUUUAUCGAUCGGUAUUCCUGGUGAAGCCUGGUUCUGUGCCUAGACACGCUCCUCAGAGGGUGAAGACUACGCUCAGAUUGGAUAAGAUUGAUGAUAUUAGCAACGAGUGGAUUGAUUCUGACUUUCUUAUAUUCAAUUCAGGUCACUGGUGGACACGGACUAAACUUUUUGACAUGGGGUGGUAUUUUCAGGUUGGUAACUCGUUGAAGCUUGGAAUGUCAAUUAAUUCUGCUUUCAAAACAGCUUUGCUCUCCUGGGCAUCUUGGGUGGAGAAUGCAAUUGAUACAAACAGGACAAGAGUUUUCUUCCGCACCUUUGAAUCAUCUCAUUGGAGUGGACAGAACCAUAAUUCUUGCAAAGUGACUCAAAAGCCUUGGAAGAGAACUAAUGGCAAGGAGAGAAGUCCAAUUUCAGAUAUGAUCAGCAAAGUUGUGAAAAAUAUGAGUACUCCCGUGACAGUUUUGCAUGUUACACCAAUGACUGCAUAUAGAAGUGAUGGACACGUGGGGACUUGGAGUGACAAGCCAUCUGUGCCCGAUUGUAGCCAUUGGUGCUUACCUGGUGUUCCUGACAUGUGGAAUGAAAUUCUCCUCUCAUAUUUGCUGCCAAAAGAAGAAGCAAAUUAACAUGAUGGUAGGCCUUUUAUCAUCUAAAGCCAUAUAUAGCUUAGUACGUAAUUCAACUCAACACCAACCUUCUUUCGGGGACCAAACUUGUAGGUAAAUAAAUACCAUUCCACUGUUAAAAGUACUGAUAUUACUGUUAUUAGUGGAGUAAUAGCAUCUGUCUUUUCUAUAACAACAUCUAUGUGUUUGUCAUAAUAAAAUAACGGUUACAAUAAGUUAUUAAA